CAAUUGCAAUUCCCUUAUUAACAGCUGCAGCUACAUCUGUGAAAUAAGUUUCUAUUUUUGUCAGUUACAUUCGCAACAUUGAGAAUUGUUGCUGAGUUGAAAAAGUUGAAAACAAAUUACAUAAUACUCAUCAGAAAUAAUGGCGUUACCCGAAGGUUUGGCUGGCAAAAUGAAGACUUUCCAGGCUGUCAAUGAUUUGCCUGUGUUCCUUAAGGGCGGACCCGCCGAUAAGGCUCUAUUUGGCAUUACGGCAGCUCUGUGCGGCGUGGGCUUAAUAAGCAUUGCCCACAUGAUCUACACAAUGGGUUUCAGCAAGAAAAAGGCAUAAGUGUGUACAUUAUAUGUAUAUAAACAAGCAGUUCAUGCAAUAAAAAUAUAGAAAUAAA